CUUCUACAACUUUAUAUUUUCAAUGACAUUACCAGACAAUGCGUCGACAUCUGAAAGGCAGCCACUUUUGGCUAAUGGCCAAGGAUCAAGACUCACGGACGUAACUCAGGAACAUAGCUUAAGAGCCGGUCAUAAAGAUGGACAGCAUAUUGAUGAACUUGAUGAGGUUACCCGUCUGACAACUUUACAGCUGCUGCCUUGGUACAAGAGACCCAGUAUUGCCUGGCUUCUGCCGUUCGUCUUCAUGAUAGCGAUCGUAAUGGGAGUUAGCCAGGCCGCCCAGGAUCAACUCAUCGUUAAGAUCAUCUGCAAAGACUACCAUAAGGGUAGCAAUAUCCCUGGUCAAUCUAGCAAUACUAUUAUUGCAAAUACAUCUGGGGAUUUCACUCACAAAAGCUAUUAUGAUGAUGAUUCAUGCAGUACAACUGCUAUCCAAGCACUUGCUGCUUUGGUGAUGAGUCGCUUCCGUUCUCUCAAAUAUGUUACUGGAAUCUUCACAAUUGGAUACCAUACAUCAUUAUCAGAUGUUUAUGGACGCAAGACUCUAAUGUUUCUGACUUUGAUCCCUGCACUUUUGACGCAACUUCUAAUCGUCUAUAUGGCCCAUCCUGCCACCAACGUGGGUAUUGGGGUUCUGUAUGUCGAUGCCUUGAUCAUGGGACUUUUAGGUGCAGGGCUCCUGCUGGAACCCGCUAUUUUCGCAUAUGUUGCUGAUUGUACUGCUCGUGCUGACAGGAGUCUCUCUAUCGGAUACAUGAUGGUUGCAUUGGCAGUUGGAAUGAUCUUCGGAUCAAUCCUCGGAGGGUAUCUGUUCAAACUUACUGGAGAUGUUACCUCGGCAAUGACUAUCUCCAUUGCCACAUUAAGUGUCCUCAUUGUCUACGCAAUGGUGCUUCCAGAAUCGCUUCCAAAGAAUCUUCAAGAGGGUCGUAUUAAGAAAGGCAGCAAUGCUGACCUGUCGACAACGACUGCUAAGCCUGCGAGUAUUUCGAUUAUGACUAUUAAGAAGAGUCUACUAAUGAUCUUUGAUCCUCUACUCCUGUUCGUUCCGGGAAGAAUCGAUGCUUCAGGAGACGUGAAUGUUGUUCCUUCCAAAUAUAUGCUAGUUAUUUUGAUUGGCGCGUAUGGAUGUCUUCAAUUCGCCGUCAACGGUAUUUUGGUCAUCCUUAUUCCAUAUACGAAUCUCGUCUUUAAAUGGACAGCAGCCGAAGAUGGGGCCUACUACGCUCUCUCAGGCGUAGCCACAUUCAUUGUCUACGUCGGGAUCUUUCCAUACCUUCAAAAGCUUUACAAGAUCUACAUUGAUAAGCAGAGUCCAAAGAAGACAGUUCACCCAACGACCCCAAGCUCUCCGCUUUAUUCUGAGACAGGAGAAAGCUUUGGAAAUGAUGAUGCUCGUAUGACCGAGGAAGCAUUGCGCCCAGAAAUCACCGGAACGAUGGCACCAGCGCAGGAUGUAGCCGCUAUGGCUGAAAAACGGUGGAAAACCCUCUGGGCUGACUUGACGUUCUUUAUUUCUGGGUGUAUCAUAUUCACAAUUGGAUACCUGAUCGUAUUUAUCUUUGAGACGGACACUAGCAUGUUCAUUUCAUGCUGCAUUCGGGCACUGGCUUCAAUAAGCAAUCCGUCCUUCAACUCAUUAUUGACGUCUUUUGUGCCUGUUCACCAGACUGGCAAGGCCCUAGGAGGAAUAUGUAUUCUGGACACGAUUAUUAUGUCACUCUCUUCUCUUCUCUAUGGUUGGAUUUUCUCAGAGACUUCGGUCGUCAUGCCCUCUGCUGUCUUUUUAACUUCUGCAGUCUUUUCAUCCUUCAGUUUCUUGGCUAGUCUCAGUAUUUGGGGUUUAUACAGGCAAUAA